CAUUUUAGAAUCUGCAAAUAAUCAACACCAGUCUUGUAGUUUGCCAGUGCUCUCGUCUCCAUAAUAUCCCUAAUUUUUCUUCUUCUUUCUGAUGGAACCCAAAUAUUCCUUGGAAAUUAUGACCAAAGCACACAUCAGGGCUAAUAUAGGAGUCUUCUGGAACUUGGACGACAGUCCCAUCCCUGACGGUCUCGAUCCUACUACUCUUUUGGAGUAUAUCAAAUCGGCUUUGGAAAAUAUUGGCUACCUUGGUAGACUUAUUCAGUUUAGGGCUUAUAGCAAGGAUAGGUCUGAACUUGAUUCGUUCUGUGAAGCUGCCGGAAUACAUUUACGAGACCGAGUGUCCAAAGUUGGAUAUGCUGAAGUUGACCAUAUGUUGGUGGACCUCCAUACCUGGGGACUGUACAAUCCGGCACCCUCAAACUUGAUGGUAAUCUCAAAAAACAUCUCAGAAGGAGCGGAGCUAUUUGGCGUGCUUGAAGAUUUGAAAUCGUUGAAUUACAAUAUUCUUGUUUCAUCUAUUGGUGACGCACCAGAAGACAUGGUUUGUUUGUCCACGCACCCGUUUGGUGGAGGAAAGCCUGUCGACCAAAGCAUAAGCUUACAUGGUGUCUCCAACAAGCUGGCACAUGUGGCGAACACAGGCGUCUUCUGGAACUUGGAUGACUGCGAAAUCCCUGAUGAUGUUGAUAUCUAUCAGAAUGUCAAAUCAGCUCUUGCAAAUCAAGGUUGCCAUGGUCAAAUGUCAAUGUGGGCUUAUUGUGAGGAGGCCAAGGAGCCCAUCCCUGGUAUCACCCUUGUAUCCCCAGGCGAUGAAACUGCGAGAUUCAAGAAAAUGCUUAGGGACAUUCUUGUCUGGACGUUGCAAAAUCCUAUCCAACGUCCGAGAACAACAGUACCCAGCUUGAUGGUUAUCUCAAAAAUCUCAAGGAACAUUGAAUUUGCCCGCGUUCUUAAUAUGUUGAGUGCGAGAGAUUACAAUGUGCUCCUUACGGUUCCUGAUGAGAAAGAAUAUCUAUGCUCCGUAUGGCUCUAUCCACGUCUACUACAAUACCUAACAAAGUUUCCCAUUUGUACAAGAUCGGACAAGAGCUUGCACGAUAUCAAAACAUGCAUCUUUUGGAACAUUACGGGCUGCACAAUCCCCAAUGAUAUUCGUCUCGAUGAGAUAAACCAGAACAUCAAAUUAGCUAUUAAAAAUCAAGGUCAUCAUGGUGAAGUGUCGAUCAAGGCUUAUUGGCAUGGGACAAGUGGCUUAUACCAAUGGCUCCACGGAACCAUCAACUUAGAAAAGAGAUUGUCAGGUGAUCAUUUUAUGAAACUUGAUGCAAUGUUUGUGGACAUCCUUUUAUGGGCAGUGGACAAUCCUGCACCAUCAAAUUUGAUGGUAAUCUCCGAAACCAUCUCACAAGCAACUGAGCUCUCAAGUCUUCUUCGACAUUUGGAAUCAAAAGGCUACAAUAUUUUAGUUGCACAUGCUGAAGAAGCUGCUUCACCAGUGCUACCUCCUGCAUGCUUGGAAUGGCGUUUGGAUACCAUAUUUGCUGGAGGGAACCCUAUCAACCGUACUAACUACUCACGAGAUGUCCUCAAUAUGAUUCAGAAUGAUCUCUCCUUUCGGAGGAAUGACUGCCAUGAGGCUAAUACAGCCAUCUUCUGGGACAUCGAGGACUGCCCAAUACCUGGUGGUCUGGAUCCUCUUAUGUUUCUUCAGAAUAUUAAAUCAGCUCUGAAUCAUGGUUGUCGUGGUAAACUGUCAAUUAUGGUUUAUUGUGACAAUAAUAGGAGCCUUGAUGACUUCUCCCUUAGUGAUACCUCACCCAUCACCUUGGUACACACAGGCGAUAAAUAUGCGAGGAUUAAGAAAAUGUUUACGGAUAUUUUUUUAUGGACAUUGGAAAAUCCCCAAACAUCAAGCGUGAUGCUGAUCACGAAAAGCCUCUCGUGGCACAUUUCAGAUGUUCUUUCUGAUGCUUUUGAGUCAAGAAAUUACAAUCUUAUAUUCGCAGAUCCUUAUGCCGUUGGAUAUGUAGACUCUGUAUGGCUUUCGACAAGCUUAUUUGGUGGAGGCAAACCUAUCGACCUAAAGGAAAGAAAGAAUCAUAGGUCCCCCAUAAUGCUUUCAUCAGUCUGAUGCCUGCUUUUGAAGAAUUGCUUAUGUGGGUAGUGGAAGGUUACAACUACCAAGGGAGACUGUAUAGCUGAUGCAUGGUUCGACCAUAAUGCUUUUAUAUCAGUCUCACUUUGUUUUAUGUCCAAAGUCUUUUGAGUUUAUGUAUGGAUAUUGACGUGAC